AUGCCACCUAAAGCAACACCAAAAAAGAAGACUAAAACUGAAGAGAAGGAAUCAGGAGGAGGAGGAUCAGAUACUCCGGCCUUGCCAACCAAACGAACAGCUCUCAAAACAAAAGCUAAAAAGAAAGAUGAAGCAGUUGCAACAGACACACAACAAACCAAUAUCCUUUCAUUCUUUUCUUUAAAGAAGAAACCUGAUGAAGUCGUUAACAAUGAUGAUGAUGAUGAUGUUAACAUCAAGAAAGAACCAACUCUAGAAAAAGAAAAAGAAAAAGAAAAGGAAAAGGAAAAGGAAGAUACUAGUACUACUACAACAACUAAAGCAACUAAAACAACUAAAACAACUAAAACAACUAAAACAACUAAAACAACUAAAACAACUAAAGCAACGAAAACAACGAAAACAACAACACCAACAAAAACUAUUGGAAAGAGAAAAUCAAGAGAUCAAGAUAAUGAUCAACAAGAAGAAGAAGAAGAAGAAGAAGAAGUAGAAGUAGAAGUAGAAGAUGAUAAAGAACCAAAAGAUAUGGAUGUGGAUGAUAGUAGUUCAACAACUACUUCUAAAACAAAUAUUAAACCAUUGGCAAAGAAACCAGCGGCUAAAUCACCAAAAAGAGUAACAUCGUAUCAAGCCACUGAACAAGUGGUUGACAGAGGACCUGGAAAACGACAAAUCAAACAAGGUGGUUUAAUGGCCUUGUUUAGAGCUGUACAAGAUCAAAAGAAAAAAGAUGAUCGUGAUAGUAGCAGUGGUAGUGACAGUGGUUCAUCUGAAUCUGGUGAAGACUAUGAAACAGAAUCUGACAAUGACGAUCAUGUAGACACUGAAUCAGAAGAAGAUGAUGAUAAAAAAAAGAAAAAAAAGGUUGUAGACUCUUCUGCGUCCUCUUCAGAGGAGGAGGAAGAUGAUGAUACAGAUAUGCAAGAAGAUGAAGAGGAGGAAGAAGAAUAUAACCCAAGAUCAAGGUCAAAGAAACCAGCAACACCUAAAAAACCAACACCAAAGAAAUCGGCAAAAUCAACACCCAAGAAACCAACACCAAGAAAACCAUCAAAAGCAACAUCUAAACGCGAAAGCUAUCGAAGAAAGACUCCAAGAGUUGGACCUAUUCAAUUGGCAUCGGACCCUCAAUACACUGAUGAAACUAUUAGACUAUUGGAAGAACAUCUACCCACAUUUACAUUGAUUGAAAACUUCCAAGACUAUCUUCAAACAGAUACCGAGUCUAUCGAAAUGCGAUACGAUGCCAAAAAAAAAGAAGAAUCCUUUAAAUUACAAAGAUUCGAAUCAACUUUGAAUACAGUGUCUGAUGGAGAGGAAAUUUUAAUGUUUUGUGGUGGUUCCAUUAGAGCAAUGGAAUGGUGUCCAUUACCAAAUAAUUCUAAAAUGCAAUAUUUAGCGGUAGCAUGUAAUAGAAAUGUUAGAUAUUCACAUUUAUAUAUAAAAUUACAUCAAGGUAAAUCAAUGAUACAGGUGUGGGAAUUUAAUACUGAGGAAGAGGAUAGUAUUCCAACACUUUUAUUUGGGUUAGCACAUAAUGGAGAGGUUGUUAUCAGUAUGAAAUGGAUUCCAAAUGGUUGUUUAUCACAUAAAUCAAAAAUAGAUAGAUUGGGUAUUUUGGUGGUUGCUUUUGGUGAUGCAACUGUAAAGGCAUAUAGUAUUCCUCCUCCAUCUGAAAUUAAAAAGUUGAAACAGAAUCCAAUCGUUUUAGAUAUCAAACCAUUCUAUGAUGUCAGUGUAACAAGAUUUGAUCAAAAAGUUAAUCUAAUCACUAGUAUGGAUGUAACAAUUAAAGAUGCAAAUAUUUUAAUCUUGAUUGGUUGUAUAAAUGGAUUAAUUUUAAUUUUUGAUCUUCAAAAUCUAAAUAUGAAUCCAAUCUUUGCAAAAAUGACUGAUAAAUAUGUUAUCGAUCUUACAUGGUGCCCUCAUGAUAGUUUUAAAUUUACAUCUUUGCAUAUGAAUUCAAGAUACCUUUGGGAUAGACGUGAACUAUUACCAGUCACUGAAAAGGAAAUCAACAAUUAUACAUUUUCCAACAAGUUGUUGUGGCCCUCUACCAAAUUCCCAAUGAUUCUCGUCGCCGAAGAUGAUUUCCUAAGAAUCAACCAUGCUUUUAAAAUGCCAACCAUUGGUGUCAAAGUGAGUGAUUUCCAAAUCCUCGAUGUAGAUUAUUCACAAAAUGGUUUGGUUGCAGUAUCAACUACAAAUGGUGAAGUUUUGGCUUAUUAUUUAAAUUUUUUUAGAAGAGAUUAUACUUCAGAACCACUCAUUCAUUUAAAAGAACAAACAUUAAAAGAUAAUAUUUUAGAAUUAUCUCGUGAUACUUAUACAACCGAUUUUCCAUUAGAAUAUGAAGCUCCGGCAUUUAGAACUGGAACUGGUCUUUCUCAACUCAAACAAGUCCAUCAAUUGGACUUCCCAUCGACCGAUCUUGCAGUCACUAAACUUUCAUGGAACAAGAAUGAAAAUAUGAGUGAACAAGUAUUGGAAGUAGUCACUCUUAUAUGGUCAAAAGGAUAUAUAGAUAAUCGAGAUGUACAACAUUUCAUCAAAUCAAAUAGAUCAAUCUAUGUAGAUUGUAUUAGGAAUAAUACAUUGUAUAGGACUAUAUCAAAACUAUAUCUGUUGAAAUAUAUUACAUUGUUGUGUAGAUUAAAGUUAAUACCUUCAAUCUAUACCAAUAAUAACAACAAUCAAAUUAAAGCAAGAUCAUUACUACCACUACCAUUUGUACAUAAUGCACAGAUCAUUCAAUUCAUUCAACAACAACAACAACAGACACCGUUUGCCGAAACACCAAAGAUUGCUCAUCAACUGGGUGAAUUGAUCGAGAUUAUCGAUUGUUACAUACCGUCGCACAGCGAUCUAUUAAACUCUCUUUCUCACAAUGAAUUGUACACCUCACUAUUGCAAUCAUCGAUUGUUACCGGUACAAAUAGUAGUGGAAAGAGACAUAGUAGUCGUGAAGUAUACCAUCAACUAUCAUUUAUUGAUAGAUUACAAUCUUAUUUAAUCUUACAACCCAAUCAACCAAAUCAACAACCAAAUCAACAACAACAACAAAAUCAUUCAAACUAUUUAAAUGUUAUGUAUACAUUUCAAUCUUUAAACCUAUUUAAAACAACAAAUAUACCUCAACAAUCAACCAAUAGUUUAAAAUUAUCAAAUCAAGCAAUUGUUCAAUUUCAAAACCAAUUACCAACACUUGAUGCUUCUGUAAUCCUUCAACUCUUUAAAGUGGCUGGUUCACAAAGAAAUGCAUUGUUCUAUGCCAGUAAUAGAGAGGUGACACUCUACUUGUUACAACAACGUGUUAAAACAGAUCAACCAGAUGUCUAUGGAAUGCUGCCAAUACAUCAAAAAGCAUCGACUGGCACAAUCGACGUUAUCAAGUGUCUGUUGGACGACACAACCAUCAACACUCAAGAUUUGGCACAGAAUACACCUCUUCAUUGGGCAUCUUUAAAAGGACAUUUACCAGCUGUUAAACUUCUCAUUAGUUCAGGUGCAAGAAAUAAUAUUGUCAAUGCUCAAGGUCGAUUCCCUAUUCACAACUCUGCACUUGAAGGACACUUGGAAAUGGUCAAAUACUAUAUAGAUUUCUAUAGUCGAUCUUCUUUGAGAGGGUCAAUGAAAGCAACAUCUAUUCAAUUGCCAGACAAGGAAUACAACACACCUAUCGAUCUAUCAGUACUACAUAACCAUUUUGCAUGUACCUUUGAAAUGCUUCGUUAUGAAGGUGUCAUUGUUCCAAGCUCGGAAAUCGAUCUUUCACAUGCCAGUCGUAUUGGAUCUGGUGCUUUUGCUGAUGUCUAUCAAAUUCGUUGGAGAGAUAGAUUGGUAGCCGUUAAAAAAGUAAAAUAUCAAAAAUUAAUUGAAUCUGGUAAAUCAGAUCAUUGGAUUAUUUCAAAAUUCAUUUUAGAAGUUGCGUUAAUGGUAAAAUUAUCACAUCUUCAAAGUUUUGUAAAAUUAUAUGGUACAGUUAUAGAACAAAAUGAAUUAAUGUUGGUUUUAGAAUAUUGUACACAUGGUAGUUUAUAUAAUAUAUUAAAUAGUAUUGGUAAUGAUCAAAUUAUAAGUUCAUUACCUUCAAUCAAUAUAUUGGCUCAAAGUUUAGCAAAUGGAAUGGCCUAUCUACAUGGUUUAUCACCUCAAAUCAUUCAUAGAGAUUUAACAUCUCAAAAUAUUUUAUUGGAUUCUUCUGGUUCUGCAAAGAUUGCAGAUUUUGGAAUAUCAAGAUUUAAAAAUGAAAUUGGUGAUAAAACAAUGACAUCUAUUGGAAAUCCAAGAUGGAGAGCACCAGAAGUAACAAAGGGACAGAAAUAUAGUGAAAAGGUAGAUGUUUUUGGAUUUGGUAUGAUUCUCUAUGAAAUGUUUACAAGACGAUAUCCAUUCCACGAAUUUGAAGCCAUUCAAGCUUCAUUUAAAAUAGCUGGUGGUGAAAGACCAGUUGUUCCACCCUAUGUUGACAGUAGGUGGUCCAAACUCAUACAAAGAUGCUGGGAUCACACUCCCUCGAAUCGUCCAUCAUUCCUUGAAGUCACCACUAUCCUCCAACAACUACCUAUUGCCAACAUCAAACUAUUUAGCGAUCCUGUAAUGUCAUUUUUUGGUUCAACCACUACAAAUACAAUAGCAACAAAUACAACAGAUAUACCAAUGUCAGAAACAUCUGAUGGAUCUUAUGAAAUAGACUAA